CAAAUAUUCUUGCCUGAAGCCACUCAACAAGCCUCGUCAGCUUGAUUCUUUGAAAGAUGGCUGGCACGCGUAUCAUCGCUGAUAGCGUCAAUAGCGUGGAUGUAACUGGGUUCAGUUCACUCGGAUACAAUUGGACCUCGUGUCGAUACAAUUCGACGGUCCUCUUCUCAUCGAUUCAACCUUGUCCUCACUCCAUCACAGUAUAUGCGCGCCAGCCGCAUACCAUCUAGCAGCUAGUUCUCCCCUGUAUUGUAGGGUGUUAUGGAGAGCAACAAUAGCGACGUGAUCGCCUCGCUCAGCAACCUGGAGGUGGAAGACCUUCGCUCACGGCUUGCACUCGCGGAGGCACAGAAUGCGAGUCUGACUGCCGAGUUGAGAAAGGCUCAAGCAGCAGCAGGAACCGUCAAAGCUCAGUUGGAGCGGCAGUUAGCAGACCUGCAAAGACCGCUUCCAGGGACGGAGGCUUCUUCGACACGUCCGUUCGCUGUUGGUGCUGUUCCGGAAGAGGGUGAAGCUGCUAUUUUGCCCAUCUCUUCUCAGCGAACCGCGUCCGCUCCUUUGAAGACGAUGAAGGAUACACUUGGACGAGUCAGUGUGAUAAUCGCGCGGGGCGAAGUUGUAUGGGACAAUUUUCCGGCGACGGGAUACGUCAUCAAACCGGACCGUAGACUGUCCAAGAAGAGCAACUGGACCACCGUCAAACAUGGCAAGCUGCGUCGUCCCGCGAAUGAACUGAUGGCAUGUAUCUCUGGAGUGUGGUACUACUUGGGAACGUAUACGUCAGUCUCGUCGGAGACGUUCCCGGCUCAAUCGUUCCGGGAAUUGUCUGAAGAGGUGCAAUCCCGUGUCAUUAUGUUGGCUGGGACCAAGAGUCGCCGUGACGGUCUGCGAUCCAUGCUGGAGAACGGUGAGAUAACGAUGACUAAGAUCAGCCUCAGAAGGGUUGGGGUGAACCAGCGGGUAUGGGAUUGCCUCGCGUCCAGUGCCAACGUCGGCAUCGGUGGCGCCCAGGGCGAAGAGAGCGAGGGCUCUGAUGACACUGAUUAAAGAGUUACUAUGCAAGCCCAGUGCGAACGAAAUACUGCCUUACUUCGGGAUUAUGCAAUCCACUAUCCUUUGUCGUUGGAGAAGCAUGAGCCAGAUCCUAUGUUAAACUCCGACAAUGCAUGCCUAGCCUGUGACGAACGG